AGCAUUUCUGAGCUAAACUGCUGGUGGCUCCCUGCCUGGUUACUCUGCAUUCAGAGGAAGAUGGGUGUAAAAUUUGAAAUCCUCAACCUGCAUAUGAAGACUGGAGAAUGCCUGAAGAUCAAGGGCAAGAUAUCUGAUGAUGCUGACGACUUCAGCAUCAACCUUGGCAACAGCCCUUCAGAUCUGGCACUUCACUUCAAUCCCCGCUUCAAUGAGUCUGUCAUUGUCUGCAACUCCCUGUGCUCCAAAGUCUGGGAGGCAGAGCGUCGUGAUGACCUCAGGUUCUCCAAGGGCUCCACUAUCAAGAUUGCCAUUGAAAUGAAGCCAGACAAAUUUGAAGUGAAACUGCCGGAUGGGCACGAAGUGGAAUUCCCCAACCGGCACUGCUAUAACAACAUCAACUACAUGAGCAUCAAGGGGGGAUUCAGGGUCACCUCUUUCAAACUGGAUGCUGCUUCUUAGCUCUAAUAAAAACCCAAGCAGAAGGAGACUGCUUGCUCCAGCUGCUC